CGUGCGGUGUUUUUUUACUUCUGUGAAAAAUUAAGCGUUUAAUUUUUACGAUUAAAUAAAACUCGUAAAAAUUAGUAAAAAAUAGCAGCACGAAAAAAAUCCCCGUUAUACGAUUACAGAGUAUUCAAAAGGGAUUUUUAAAUUGGUGUGGCCGCUGCAGAAAAUGGGGAACGUCUUUGGAGGUCAAGUCGAGACAGAUCCAGGAGAUAUUCGAAACAAAGAAAUUUUAGAGGCUAGGAAGCGUUAUCUUGACGAACAGUUCAAGCUAGAUGACGAAAAAGAAUUUGGAAAUGCGAAACCCAAUCCUUCUGGUGUCAAUCGUAAAUUGAGAAGAAUGCCAUCCAUUUUAAACGAGAUAGAAAAGAAAGCUAUGAGUAUCAAUCCAAAAGACCAUAGUUUCCCCUUUGAGAACCUUGUUUUUGAAGGGGGUGGUAGCAAAGGGCAUGCGUACUCGGGCGCUGUAAAAGCUUUGGAAGAACUUGGACUAGUCAGUCAGAUUAAAAGAUUUGCCGGAGCUAGUGCAGGCGCAAUGACAGCUUCCCUUUUGGCCGUGGGAUACAAUUCGAAAGAUAUCCAAGGCUUUUUAAGUCAAGAUUUGAAUUUAAUGUUAUUAGAUGCCAAGUUUGGAAUACUUAGUCUUCUGCCAAAUCUAUUGACCGGAUACGGUUGGAAUCCAGCUGCUAGACUCUACAACUGGUUCGGGGAACUGUUCGAAAAGAAGAUGGGCAACAAAGACGUAACCUUUUAUGAGCAUUUUAAAAAGACUGGACUAGAGCUUUGUAUCAUUGUGACUAAUGUUAACCAUAUGACAGAAGAAUAUUGUCACGUAAAGACUACACCAGAUAUGCCUAUCAGAUUAGCCGUCCGGAUGUCUAUGGCAAUACCAGGACUGUUCCAAGCGACACAUUACACAUACAACGGAGAAACAAACACAUAUGUUGAUGGAGGAGUACUUUGUAACUAUCCCAUUCAUUGCUUUGACGGAUGGUGGCUCUCGAUGGAUUCAAAUGAUAGUUUCUUAGAAAAACUCCAACCUUUAGAUGAUCUACCACAACUGCUAGACAAACGGCAAAGGUUUGCCCGUGACCAUAAAGAUCCAACAAAGACACUUGGCUUUUUACUGUACGCCGACUCUGAGACAGAUAUGUUCCGAUUUAUGUGUGAGAAGAGAAUAGGUGUUCAACUUGAUCCAAUUCCCAAUACUAAACUAGGAAGGAUAAAAAUGGAGCAAAAAAGGGAUCAAGAAAAAGCUAAGCGAGAACAUAGACGGGUUAUAAUGGCAGUAGACGAGUUUUUGAAAGUUCUGAAGAAAUACAAUUUGGAUAAAAACCACACAAUAAACAAGACUGAGCUGGAAGCUGCUUUUAAAUCUGACGACUUUUCGAGGACAAGCAGUGAAAUGCUUUUUGGAAAAGAUUGUACUGUGCAGAAUGCCUUUGAUCUUCUGGACAGAGAUAAAAAUGGCGAGAUAAACUACCAGGAGUUGAUACACUUUAUACAAGGCACAGGUAUAAAUUUACAACAGCGUUUUCUCGGCUACCAAAGGAAGGACAUUAGUGGAGUUUUCGAUUACUUUGGAACGAUUGAAAACGCCAUCUUAACGAACAUUCAACGGGCAUUUUUCAAUCCUCAAGACUUGGAUAGAACUGUGGGCAUUAACACUGGUCACGUGGGAACGGUCGAUUUUACAUUGGAAGAAGAAGACAGAAGCUUUGCCAUUGCUCAAGGUUACAAAUCGACUAUGACUUUUUUGAAAUACUUUGCCGCCAAAGAAGAACUUAAGAAACGAGUCGGGUCCCUGUCUACCAAUGGAGAAAAUGACGCCAAAGAAGAGGACGGAAUUGAUGACGACACACAUGAUGACGUCAUUAAGGGAAACAAUGAGUUAGAUGCAAUGGUUGGUGCCCUUGCUAACGCUGGUGAAAUAGGACCUAAUAGUAUGUAAAAUGAUUACAAGAAAUGGAUCUUUGGUUAGGGCUGAUUUACUCAGAUGGAGAAUGUCGCUAUUAAAAAAAUUAUUUCAAUAUCAACCAAUUUUUUGGGAGUUGAUUUUAAUCAACUCUCCCAUGCAGUUACUCAGAUAAACCGAAAGUGAAACAGUGUUUGGGCCUCAGCACAAAUCAUUGCUGCUGAAUUACUUCUUGAAAUUAAUUAAUGAAUUUGAUGUAAUGUAUGCUACAGCAUUGUUUUUCAAGGAAACUUAUUUAUAAAUACCUUGAAAAUGGUCAGAUUUUAAAUGGUACGAACAAUUUAAAUAGUUUUUGUAGUCGUAUGUAUUCCUACGCCAGAGUUCAAUAUAGUCUCGUUUGACUCGACGUUCGGCUGUCUCCGUGAGGUAAAUCCUUGUCGGAGAUUUAGGGUGUCAGCCGAGCGUUUGGUUGAACGAGACUAGAGUUUAGUAUUGCUUGGAUCCAUACAAUUUUCGAGAAAUAUUUCUGUUACUGAUACAUAGUUUAAUUGAAUGAAUUUUAUCUUUAAAUAUUAUUUAACAUGAAUCAUAUGGGGGUUUCUCGACAUUCUUGUCGAAAAAUCCAAAAAUUCAUAUUAUAAAAAUGUGCGUAAUUCAAAUUAGAAACAACAUGUACUUGUUAUGCAAAAUAACAUAUCAUUGAUUUUAAAAUAAAUAAACAUCGACAAAAUCAACUCCCGUCAGUUCUUCAGUACUUUGAUUACGAGUACGAUUUGAUUCUUGUUAUAACGGCUUUAUUUGAUUAGCUAAACGAAUUCACUUAGUUCGAGUUACA